AUGUCGGAGCCAAUCCCCACAGAAGCUCAAGCUGCUUCCACUCAAGCUGCACCACCAGCUGCUAGCGGUGAGGAAUCAACCGCUCCAGCUCCUACAGAAGGUGAUGCUCCCGCUGGUCCAUCAAAAGCGGAAUUGAAGAGACGAGCUAAAGAAGCUGAGAAAGCCAAGAAAGCAGCUGACAGAGCUGCGAGGGAAGAAGAGGAAAAGAGGAAAAGAGAAGCGAAAGAAGCUGAAGAUCAUGCCAAGCAAAACUAUGGAAAAUUACCGUUACAUCAAAGUCAAGAAAGGAACGGUCGAAAAUUCCUCAAAUUCUCUGAACUUUCUGAAGAAUCUGUUGGUCAACGAGUAGUGUUCCGAGCGAGAAUGCACAACUCUCGAGCUCAAGGUGCCAAGAUUGUCUUCCUCAAUUUCCGACAACAAACUCACACUCUUCAAGGUGUACUUGUCGUUUCUGGUGAAAAGGAUGAAAAUCAAGUUUCCAAACAAAUGCUCAAAUACGCUCAGCUUAUUCCCUCUGAAUCCAUAGUCCUCGUUGAGGGAGUCAUCAAAUCCGCUGAAGUCAAAAGUUGUACCAUCACCAACUACGAGGUUGGCGUUUACAAACUUUUCACUGCUGUCGAAGUCGGAGAUCUUCCCUUCUCCAUUGACGACGCUUCUCGAGCUGAAGCUGAUUUCGAGAGAGCUGAGAAAGACGAGAACCUUCAGUUUUCUCGAGUAUCGCUUGUCACCCGACUCGAUAAUCGAGUUAUGGAUUUGAGAACUCCAUCCAAUCAAGCUAUUUUCCGAAUCCAAUCUGCCGUUGGCCAAUUAUUCCGAGAUUAUCUUAAUUCUCAAGGAUUUAUCGAAAUUCAUUCUCCUAAACUUCAAGGUGCCGCUACCGAAUCUGGAGCAAGUGUUUUCAAAGUACAAUAUUUCAACUCAACUGCUUUCCUCGCUCAAUCUCCUCAAUUAGCUAAACAAAUGGCUAUUGCUGGUGACAUGGAGAGAGUAUACGAGAUCGGACCUGUUUUCCGAGCGGAAGACUCCAACACUCAUCGACAUAUGACCGAAUUCAUGGGAUUAGAUCUCGAGAUGGCAAUUGAAGAGCAUUAUCACGAAGUUCUCGAUGUUCUCGAUUCGAUGCUCAAAAACAUCUUCUCAGGUCUUAAAGAGAAAUACUCACAUGAGAUUGAAGUGAUCAAGAAACAGUUCCCUCAUGAAGAUUUCCUGUUCUUGGAUGAGACUCUCAGAUUACCAUUCAGCGAAGGUAUCAAGAUGUUGAAAGAGGCAGGAGCUAAAGGUAGUGACGGAGAGGAGUUGGGUGAAUUGGACGAUUUGAGUACUGAGAAUGAGAAAUUCCUUGGCCGACUCGUUCGUGUGAAAUACCAAACGGAUUAUUUCAUUCUUGAUAAAUUCCCUUUGGCCAUUCGACCGUUCUACACUAUGCCUGAUCCUGUUGAUCCGACUUUAUCCAAUUCGUAUGAUUUCUUCAUGCGUGGAGAAGAGAUUCUAUCAGGAGCUCAAAGAGUACACGAUCCUACUUUCUUAGCUGAAAGGAUGAGAUCAGUAGGGAUCGAUCCUGCUACCAUGACUGGUUAUUUGGAUGCAUUCAGAUUAGGUGCCCCUCCACAUGGAGGUGGUGGUAUCGGUUUAGAAAGAGUCGUAAUGCUUUUCUUGAAAUUAGGUAACAUCAGAAGAGCAAGUUUGUUCCCUAGAGAUCCUAAACGAUUGAAUCCUUAG